AUGGUGCGUAUGAACGUAUUAAGCGACGCUCUAAAAUCCAUUAACAAUGCCGAGAAAAGGGGCAAAAGGCAGGUACUGAUUCGUCCCUCAUCGAAGGUAGUAGUUAAGUUUUUAACUGUAAUGAUGAAACAUGGUUACAUCGGUGAAUUCGAAAUCGUCGACGAUCACAGAAGCGGCAAAAUAGUGGUGAAUUUAACCGGACGUUUAAACAAAUGCGGCGUUAUUUCACCUAGAUUCGAUGUACCCAUAACGCACAUCGAGAAAUGGACAAAUAAUUUGUUACCAUCUCGUCAGUUUGGUUAUGUUGUAUUAACUACUAGCGGUGGUAUCAUGGAUCACGAAGAAGCCAGAAGGAAACACCUGGGAGGAAAGAUCCUUGGAUUUUUCUUCUAA